AUGAACAGCGGCCACAACACUCAACCUCCCCCACCCACUGUGGACAUCAACACAAUGGCGGUGUGUGCCUUCUCCAAGAAUACAGGUGUGGCCAGUGGGGCCGUGGGUGUGUUGACUUACGACCUGGUACAGGAGAAAAAAGACGCUGAAAAGAUGAUGGCUAUCAUGUUCUCUGUGCCUUUUGACUACAACGUCUUUGACAACUGGCUGGCAGUGGGCAUUUUUGACAAUAGUCUACCAUGUGACAAGGAACUCUACAAACUCAUGUACGAUAAGAAUGAAACCACAUUCAAACGUAUCAAGGCUGCAGAGAGUAGUAUAAUGUACACAUGGAAGUCAGUGGAAAUCAGGGCCACCAUGAGCAGUGCAAGGUCAGCUAUUGUUGAGGUGGAGAUCUACGACAAGUGUUAA